GGCGCAAGCGUUGUGUGAUAUUCAUCGAUACCCUGACGGGGCCCGGGCCACGACGUUCACCAGUGAACGGUAGAGGCCGUCCUGUCAGUAGUAAAGCCCGGGCUCAUCAGCUGCGGCUGUCUUCGGGCUUUUUUGACAAGUCAUUAAUUUCAUUUAUUUGUGAAUUGUUUUAUUUUCUAGUCUCCUUCGGUGAUUGAUCCUGGGGACAAUCCUAUUUUCAUUUUUUAUCUCGGAAUCGGUGAUUUUUAUCGGGAUUUAUUAUCGAAUGGCCAGUGAAUUCGAGUUUUUCAAGUGCUGUGUAAACAUCGGGCAUGAGGAUCAUGGGGGAUAGGAGACGGCGGACUGAAGCCUCCGGUCGGCGGUAUCCACUGCGGGUAGCCGUGAUCGCGUAGGAGCGAUUCGGCGUACCCGCGAAUUGCAAUCGCGAUUCCGUCGGGGGAGUUGGGGGAGAGAGUUGGGCCGAUUUGUGGCUAAUCAGCUGGGGAUCAGUGGUUAUAGAUUUUGGGGGAGAGUCAGGAAGCCGGGGGUGUACAACUGAGGGCUCGCAGGUGACGGAUAAAGGAUUAUUUGAGAGGGUUGAGGGGGGAUGCAGGGCGAAGGGGUGGCGGCAUGGAGGAGCCCUCGACGGAGGCUCUCAUGCAGGCGGGCUUCAUCUUCGUUGUCGGCAUUGCCAUCAUACUCUCGAAUCUUCUCAUCAUCGCUACUUACCUCAACUUUCGUGGUCCCUCCGAGGUGAUAAACUACUAUUUACUGUCACUGGCAACAGCAGAUUUGUUUUGUGGUCUGCUGGUUGUGCCCCUUUCCGUAUAUCCUGCCUUGAUGAAAAGAUGGGUCUACGGAGAUAUUGUUUGUCGUCUCGUUGGAUACCUGGAGGUGACACUGUGGGCAGUUUCGGUCUACACCUUCAUGUGGAUGUCCGUUGAUCGUUAUUUGGCCGUCAGGAAACCAUUGCGGUAUGAGACUGUGCAAACGAAAACGCGUUGUCAGUGUUGGAUGGCCUUCACAUGGAUAAGUGUAGCUAUGAUGUGUUGUCCACCUUUACUCGGCUUCAACAAACCGAUCUUCGAUGAGCAGGCCUUCAUCUGCAUGCUCGACUGGGGCAACAUGGCUGCAUAUACAAUUACCCUAUCGAUACUUGUACUUGGUCCCUCGGUCAUUACCAUUGUUUACACCUACUUUUACAUAUUCUCGAUGAAAUUGAAACUGAGAUCCGGUGUACCCAUACACGACAAGGAAUAUGCAACAGCACUGUCCGAGAAUCUCAGCAAUCCCAGUCACUACAUGUCAUUCGCCCUGAUAAUGACAUUCUGGUUGUCCUGGACACCCUACGCCAUGCUCAGAAUUUAUAUCAGUAUUGAAGGACCUACUGAGGUACCCUUCCUUCACUUCGCAGUGGUGUGGUUCGGCGUGACGAACAGCUUCUGGAAGGCUUUCAUCCUGGGUACCAUGAGCCCCCAGUUUCGUUUGGCUGCCCGGGUACUUUGUCUCACCCUGUGUUGCCGGCACAGGAGACUUCCGCCAGAACUCCUGGGUCUCGACGACGACGACUAACUCCACUUUUUUUUUUUAUCAAACCAACGGAAGAAUAACUGAUAAUAAUUGAAAGGAAAAAACUGUGAAAUGACUCGUGCACAUGCACAUUCCUAGAGGAUCUUUACCUUUCCCUCGAUUGAUCAGUGGAUUUUCCACUAUUUCAUUGUUGUUUUUAUUCGAUUGAGUAAUGAGACACGUGCGAAGAAUUGAAAAUCAGAUUUCAAAUCUGACUUUAUCUAGUCUCACUGAAUUUUUGAAAAAUCGCCGGGGUAAAAUUGCUAAGAUAAUCUUGCUUCGCUCAAUCUAGAGUCUGUUAAUUAGCCCAAUUUAUUUCAGCUACCAACCGGCAAAACGAGUCGAUUUUCAGAGGAGGAUAUCUCCGAACGUGAGGCAGAUAUCAAAAGUAUUGUCAUGACCUUUUUUGGAGAACUAAUUGUGAACUCAAGAAAAGUCCAUUACGAAUAUUUCGCGGGAUCCAUCAGGUGCGGAGAUAUCCAUCGAAGUUCAUUGAGAUAACUCGUUCUGCCCAUUCGCUGCUGAUUUGUACAAAUGGUGAGCGCGAAUCACUGAAAAUUAAAAAAAAAAAUCACGAAUAUCUCGUGUAGAUAACAGAUGUUCAGAAGACGAGAGGAAAAAAAUAAUCGUUGCCUAUCUACGUUGUAAGAAGACGCUCAAUAAAUGUCGUAGUGAGCUAAAACAAAUAAUUGAAGAACAAUGAGAAAUAAAGUAAACAUAAUAUUAAAGAAAAAAAACUAGUCAAUUAAUGUGAGAUGCCUCUACGAAUGUGUAGCGUCAACGAUUACGAUAACAAGAUUAAUCAACGGGGAAAGGUAGAGAAUGGAGGGCACAUUCGGUGAGCCGAUCGUGUCUUUUUUUUUCAAAAAGUCAAAUUUGCUUUUUUGGACUUCUCUUUAUACUCUCAGUCCGAGGAACGUCCGAUCGGCUUUCACGUCAGAUUAUUAACGAUCUACUCUUGAGCUACGCUGUCUCACUGUAAUUUUGAGGAAACGAUGAGAAAAAAAACCCUCAGGAGCCAGUCUAGCUCGUGUUCGUUCCUUGUUCGGCGAAUUUAUAUUUAUUUAAUUCAAUGUUUGUUUACCACUGAUUAGUCUUACUCACUAGGGAGUGCUCGAUGUUUAAUUAGUUUUUGUUCCAGGUGGAAACUCUGAAAUCGUGAAAAGUAUGAGAAUUGUAAAGUAUUACAAAUUGUAUGAACUGACUCUAUCUAAAAAAAAAAACCAAAUGGCAAAAUGAGAAGACAAUAAAAAAUAAUUGAGGAAUAAAUUCAAAAAGAAUAAGAAAAAUUUUUAAUUGGUGGACAUUUGAUAAUGAGAAGACAAUGGAGGAAUGAUCUUCGAAAAAAGAGACUCCACUCGGAAGCAAAUUGUUGAUGUAUUGAUAAGAAUAAUUACCCUUACUUAUAAAAUCCGCAAUUAUUCAAUUGUUUAUUAUGAUAGUUGUGCGAAUAAUGUACAGUUUAAUCCACUCAAGCCGAACGGGGAUCGAAGCCCUAGUGCGUCUUUAAUUGGACGUUUUUUUGACUCUCUUAUACAUGACGUAAAUUAAACGCAAGAGGACAUAAUAAUUAUCUAAUGGCAGAGUAAAGCGUAGCGCAAUCAACAACAGCUGUCACUAAUGACGCAGCUACCUAGUAAGACCUUCGAUAGAAAAGAGAUAAUGAAAUUCUUUGUAAGUCUCUUUGAGGAGAAAAAAAUUGAGUGGUUACACCCUCUGACCCUUUAUUCAUUAUAUUUAUCUCUUUUCUUUUCAUUGCGCUCGUGAAUUUUGUUUAGAAGGAAUGACAAUAUGGUUUUAGUUAUGAUCAGAUUAAUUUAGUCUAGUCAUUGCUCCUGGAGCUGUUUGUGAAGCAUGAAGCUGCAUCAUCUCGUCAUAUGAAUGAUAUUUAUUUAUUUGCAACAUUGAAGAUUAUUUGGUGAUUAUAUUUGUUUAUUAAUCUAGGAUAGAUUUGGAUUAUUCAUUAUUACGAGUCACAGCAGCGGGACUGCCACGUUAUUGUCAAGGUUGGUGAUUAGUGAAGAAACAAAUUGUUAAUAACAAAAUGCUGCAGAGUAUUAUUCAACAGAGGACUAAAUAAAAUCGUGUAAAUAAUGUUACAUUAAUUAUAAUUAAAGUAUACAUCUAUAUAGCUGACAUGAUUUUAUUAAAUUUCUUUCAAUUACAUCUCAUUUUUCCUUGCAAAUGGAGACGUUGUAAUUUUUUCCAUUUUCAUUAUUUUCUUUUUAGCAUUUUACUUGGAAAUUAUGGAGGAUCGUUGAAAAUUUCAAGGCGACAUUUACCGAUUUCCUAUUUGGUAGUCACUUCUUCGGAAGUUUAACAAUUGAAUGGGAGAAAUCAGAAGAUAACUGGAAACCGGUUCAACUCAAUUUUUCAUUCGAUUUUUAUUUAGUCGAUCAGUUUUCAGAAAUAUCUCGGAAUCCCGGGUUGAUAUCGAAAUUUUUAUCAGAACGUUUUCUGCGGGUCUCAUUGGGAGCUACAAAAUAGCGUAUUACGCAACAAGUGCAAACACGUUAUAUGUAUAUAACGCACCUGUUUCGUACACUAUUUGACGGCAUUGGGCCCGUAAUUCCUGAUAUUUCGCUAUCUCUCUUAGAUCUGUUGAUAUUUCUCAAAAACUGGUGAAAGCUAAUCUGACUCGAGCUAUAAUCAUCCCAACAAAUUUGAAUUUCCAAAAAUCAACAUUCCAAAAAAUUAAACAUCGACAUUCUAUUUUUCGGAAACAGUUUAAAAGUAGGAGAAUCGAUUGUAAAUUAAAUGUAUUAAAACCCCGAAUAAUUUUUAAAAUAUUCCCCUAGUUUUUUUAUUUUUUUUAAUUAAUUAUCGGUAGUUCAUGGCAUGGUAGGGGUAGAAAUAGAUUAUUCGCGGGUUUUUCCCUGAUUUCACAUUGCGACGUGCAUGCGCGAAAAUGUAUUCUACUAACAAAGGGGGUGUUAAAAAAAUAAGAGACUCCGAGGGGCUGAGAGAUAAAUAAUAUUGUGAUAUGGAAGCCCCGAGAGCUGGAGUGUGUGACCUCGAGCUCGACGAAUUCCAUUAAUACAAAAUUCAUUAAGGGAAUACAAAAAUAGUUUCAUUGAUAAAAAUUAUAAUGAUAAUCUUGGGAAAUUACUGAAUUAUUUAUAGGGCGAUGUAUUUGCAGUCACAUACGAAUAGAUCCUUACAGAUUUCUCAACGGUUUUCGUCAUCAAUUAAUCAACGAUUGAUUAAAUUUUUGUACCUAGGUAGUUACUAGUUUUGUACUAGUUUUGUAACGUACCUCAGCAGGGGCGUGUUGUUAUUAAUUAUUGCUCCAACUUUUAACCCUCAAACACUGACGUACGGAAAAAUUUCUUAGUUAAAAAAUGAAUGAGUUAUUGCCAAUAUUUUCUCAUUGUUUAAUUAUUAUUUUUGAUGGUGGAAUAACUUUCCUACGCACUCCGUAAAGUUUGCAAAAAGUUUAUGAUUUUAUAAACAUUUUGACGAAAUUCCUCUUUAAAUGGAAAUUCAUGAAUAUAAUCGAAUAAUCGAAAUGUGGUUGCAGUCUUUGAGGAUUAAAACGCAGAAAAGGAGCCGUUGUAGAAUUUAAAAAACAAUCAAAUUACUGACAACAAAUCAUCUUGCAAAUUAAUAAAGGUGAAGGAAAUUAACAUGGGGUCGUGCAGUAGCUUAAAUUACUUUUUCAUGAGGGCAAAAUGAAAUGUCGACAAUUGUUUGACAAAGCUUAGAAAAUCUACAUUUUGUCUCCGGUAUAUUUCCAUUUCAUUAUCACUGCGACAUUAUGGUUUUUAAGAUAUGAUCCCGGAAGUAGACAUUUCGUAGAUUAUAUUCUAGAGCGUUUCAACCUUUCAAAUUUCAACAAUAUCUAAUAAAUAAGGAAGGUUUAUCCAAAA